AUGGUUUCUGCGACCGCUUCUCCAGAGACAAGUCCGACGAGAGUUGGCACGACAAGGAGACCCGGAAGAAGUGAUGUGUCCGUGUUUAAGGUUGAGCGUAAUUCGACUGGCGAGGAGCAUUAUUCAGUUGGUGAAAACGUUGAUAACUCCUAUUACGACAAACCCGAUAACCAAGACUCUGGUGUCCUAAGAAAAGGUCGAGGAACUUUCCGAGGACCUAUUUCUACUAACGAAUCUCAACAACAAGAACAAGCACCUCGGACUCCUAGAGGGCGUGACUUUGAUGCUACAUCUUUAAGACAAUAUCCUCCUAAAGGUAGCGAAAAACUAAAGAAAAAACCCAAAUCAGGAAGACGUAGUAACGGUGGUCAGGUUGGUUCUGAAAGCGGUGAGUCUGGCAGUGAUGGAAACAUUACCGAUGAAGUUAAUAAACUUUCGUCGACGCUUGAGACCACUUCCAUUAGCGAAAACGGCGAGGAAAUUAAACAAAAUCCGCAACAGCAAUACAAUGAAGCUUUCUCGCCUACAAUUUCUAUGGAUCGAAACUCGCAACAAUCCACCGUUGAAGAAUGGGAAAAAGCUGCAGAGAGCGAUUUGAAUCUAAAAGGGUCAGUCUUUGCCCAAAUUGAUAGCCAAUCUGAUAAACAAAAAGCAGAUGGUCAAAAAACAGACAAUGGACCGAGACCUUUUAAAAAAGGCCAUAAAAAAAGCAAAAGCAGUAAAAUCGAAUUCAACUUUGAUCCAGAUGCAUACGAAGGGUCAACUCGUAUUCUAGACGUCUUUGAUUUCCCAGCAUCUUUCAAAACUCAUCAUCUCCACGAAAUAUUCCAAGAAUAUGAGAGUAUGCGAGGAGGCUAUCGUAUUAAAUGGAUGGAUGAUACUCGCGCCUUAAUUAUCUUUGAGCACCCAGCUACCGCACGUAAAGCUUACUUGGACAAUGUUACUAAUCAAAUGGCACAAAUUAAACCUUAUGAUGGACCAACCGAUUUUCUUCAAAAGAAAGAUCCAAACAAUACACAGCCUCGUGCGCGUCCGGUUACGACUGACAUGGUCGCUAAGCGCCUUGUUCAUGGUGCUUUGGGCGUUCGUGUUCAAAAAUCUCCCGAGCAACGGCAAGCUGAACGUCAAUUGCUUCAAAAUGUUAGAGAGACUCGUGAACAAAAACGUUCUGAUGCUCUUAGACGUUCCCAAGAUUUGGAUGCUGCUUUUAAUGAGUAA